CUGCACUUUGUCCGCAGUCUCUGGUCAUCUCCUGUACUGUGUCCGCAGUCUCUGGUCAUCUCCUGUACUGUGUCCGCAGUCUCUGGUCAUCUCCUGUACUGUGUCCGCAGUCUCUGGUCAUCUCCUGUACUGUGUCCGCAGUCUCUGGUCAUCUCCUGUACUGUGUCCGCAGUCUCUGGUCAUCUCCUGUACUGUGUCCGCAGUCUCUGGUCAUCUCCUGUACUGUGUCCGCAGUCUCUGGUCAUCUCCUGUACUGUGUCCGCAGUCUCUGGUCAUCUCCUGUACUGUGUCCGCAGUCUCUGGCCAUCUCCUGUAGUACACCUGCAGUCUCUGAUAAUUUCCUGUACUAUGUCUGCA